AUCCGUAGGACGUGGCUCGCCGGUUCCGGGGCAGGCAAGGGCGGGAGAGAAGACUUGGGGGGUGCGCGAGGUUUCGGACUGCUGAGCGGCCCACCCAGGGAGGGAGCGAACUCGUCUGCCCGCCGCCCUUGCUGUGGGCAAGUCAGGCGGACGCAGAAACCCUAAAGUGGCCGGUGCGGGGCCUCUUUCCCAGCGGAGACUAUCAUAACUAUAUUUGAAGAUUUUGAUGGUGGAAAAGACCCAACCCUCUGACCAGUCCUGAGAAAAUCACCAUAUAAACACACACGAAUGUGCACGGUGCAUCCUCAUCUCGGUUUCAGAACACCAGCAUGUGGCACAAAUCAGUAUGCGUGGCCUUGCUGGCCUUAGCUACAGGCUACGUCUUUCUGCUAGACCCCGAUCUGCCGGAUUCAGUAGUGAAGUCUCUCUCAGGCUCCUUGCUGUAUCUGUUGAGAGGGGAUCUUGGGUCCCCAGAGAGCAGUAUGGCAGCUGCCUGGGAUGCACUUAUCACACAACCAGCCAAGCAGUGGAACAGAGUUGCUGUUGGAGUCAAUGCCUGUGUAGAUGUGGUCCUUUCUGGUGUGAAGCUGUUGCAGGCUCUUGGUCUAGAUGCUGGGGAUGGGCAAGACCAUUCAGUACUGCGUACCAAAACGGACUUGAAAGAAGCAUUCAUCCACUUUAUGGGGAAGGGAGCCGCAGCAGAACGCUUCUUUAGUGAUGCUGAGUCGUUCCACCAGAUUGCACAGACUGCCUCAGAGUAUCCUACAGCACAGCUGUAUGUGGGAGGCAAUGCUGCUCUUAUUGGACAGAAAAUUGCAAUGAAUCCAGACCUGAAGGUUCUCCUGUGUGGCCCAAUUGGUCCUAAACUCCAGGAGCUGCUUGAUGAAAAUGUAAUUGUUCCUGCAGAAUCAAUGCAAGAAUUUGAUGAAUUUCACCUUAUUUUGGAAUAUCGAGCAGGUGAAGAGUGGGGGCAGCUGAGAGCCCCAAAUGCCAACCGUUUCAUCUUUUCCCAUGAUCUGUCUAAUGGAGCCAUGAACAUGCUUGAAGUAUUUGUGUCCAGCUUGGUGGAGUUUCAGCCAGACUUGGUGGUGCUCUCCGGUCUUCAUAUGAUGGAGGGACAGACAAAGGAGAUGCGUCAGAAGAGACUCUUGGAGGCUGUAGCUUCCAUCUCCGACAUUCCUAAUGAUGUUCCUGUACAUCUGGAACUGGCUAGUAUGACUGAUCCAGCUCUCAUGAGUGAGAUAAUUCAUAAGCAGGUUUUCCCUCUUGUGAACUCCAUUGGCUUAAAUGAACAGGAGCUGCUCUUCCUCACUCAGGCAGCCUUUGGACCUCAUGCUUCACUGGCAUCCUGGAGCGGUGUCCCAGAUGUGGGUGUUGUCAGUGACAUCCUCUUCUGGAUCUUGAAGGAACAUGGAAGGACUUCAGAGAUGCCAUCAGAACUUACUCGAAUCCAUUUUCACACUUUGGCCUACCACCUCCUGGUGACAGUGGAUGGAUAUUGGGCCAACCAGGUGGCAGCUGUUGCAGCUGGUGCAAGAGUGGCAGGGACACAAGCUUGUGCCACCAAAUCAAUUGAUACUAGCAGAGUCUUCCUUAAAGCACCCUUAGAGUUUGCCACUUCCAAGAUGGAGGGGGCCUCUAGGAUAUCCUUAAAUCCUGGUGAGCCUGUGUCAGAAUGGCACAGGGAUGGCAUCACAUUCCACUACACUCCGGUCCUGGUGUGCAAAAAUCCUCUGCAGACCGUUGGUCUUGGUGAUGCAAUUUCUGCUGAAGGACUUCUUUAUUCAGAAAUCUACCCUCAUUAAAGUGUGGAAACGAGAUACACUCCACAAAGCCCUGCAGGCAUGGGCUGACUGUUAGUAGGUUAAUAGAAGAGCCAAAGAAUAAAAGUUGGGCACAGUCCAGCUGCAGGCUAGUGCCAAUAAUGGUGGGAGAUGAAUGUUAGGGGACAAAAUAUAUCUAUGGGGCCACCUCUUGCACAGAGUGGCAACUCAGACCAAAGCAGCUCCUUUUUCUUUUCAAGAAAACCAAUCAAGGCAGAUUAAUCUUAUUUACAGUGACUUAAAAGCUGGGCACUAGGAGGCAUUUAUGCCUAGCUGACUGUCAUCCAGGGUAUGCUGGUCCUUCACACAGUCUUGUUUUGGGAAAGCAAAAGUAUAAGGCAGCUGUAUUAGCAUUUCUUCACAUUCCUAACAUGACAAGUCCAACUUUCUACUCAGUUUUUGGUGGUACGCUCAAAAUAUUUAAUCUGGCUGCACCUCCUCAAGGAAGUAGCAUCUCAAAUCAACAGUAAUAAACCCUGCUCUGCCCUAAAAAUGAGAAUGGACACAUCACAAGUUGUCUUGUUGGGAAGAAAGAGAGUGUCUGCUGCCAGAAAGGGUGCUGAACCUUUCUCUUAGACCCGAGGUGACCAAAGUCACUAUAAAAGUGUGUGUGUGUAUUUUUAUCAUAAGUGUUUCUUUGGCUAGUAUAUGGUACCCUCCCUAUUUUUACCCUCUCUGGUGUUUUUUAUUGCUCCUGGCAGAUUGUCUUUGCUUUUAUUGGUUAGGAAGCUCUUAAAUAUCACAUUGUUGAUCAUGCACUCUCUUGGUUUUUACUCCUUGGUAAAUUGCUGUUUUGGUAUCUGGUGCAAUGACCUAGAAGGCAUUCCUAGAAGUGAGUUCAGUUCCUUUGGCAUUUGUCCCACAGAGUACCUAAUGCACAUUAUGCUAAGGAGGAAGCAUCAGUUAUUCUGUAAUGUAUUGCACAAGCCCUGAGAACUCCUUUUGCUCCUAACAAAUACCACCUUUCCAGCUAAGGGGAGAUUAAGAACUGGCAUACUUUUUAGUUUAUGAGGUCACCCAGCAUUCUCUCUCUGUGUGUGUGUGUGUGUGUGUGUGUGUGUGCACCCCUCCCUAUAAACUUCACAAUGCCUGGACCAAUAUGAACCAAAUUGGGUACAAUUGUAGGGACACUUCAAUGGUGGGAUUUGUGAUGAUGUCAUCCACCCCAACUCAAGAUGGCAGAUGAGUUAUUGUUUGAGGCGGAAGAGGGCUAACUUAUGGACAGCCUAACCAAUUUGAAUCAAAUUUGCUACAGCUGAAGGGACACAUAGGGCUGGCUCAAGGGCAUAGUUUGUAAUGUCAUUUACCCUGAUUCAAGAUGGCAGACGCGGGAACUGAUUUGGACCAAAUGUGGUACAGUUGUACCUCAAAUGCAUAGUUUGUAAUGAUGUCAUCCAUCCCAAAUCAAGAUGGUGGACACAUGAACAUUUGUGAACUGCCUAAACGAUUUGGACCAAAUUUAGUUCAGUUGUAGGAAUAGUGAAAGGAAAGUAGGCAGAUUAGUUCUUACCAGAACAACUUGUUUUAUUUCUGGUAUUGGCAUAGGAUUCUUACAGCCUCAGAUCAAAUGAUAACGGGAAGUGCUUAUCACUCAGGAAAUUGUCUUGGGCUGUGGUGUGUGUGUGUAUAUAUAGAUAUGACUGGGACUGGAAGUUCCCAGAGUGCCUGUAGAUUACAAUAGAAACAGGUCAGAGUAUUUUUAAUAUUGAUAGAGCUAAAAAUGCUAGAAUGACUUGAAACAUUCCCCUUCUUAAAGGGUUUGUGAUCUUAUUUACACUCCAUAUUCCCCCCACUCCAUUUACCUUGGGAUCUGCUAUCUAGCUGGAUUGAGAGGCCUCAGGCUGGAGGCUAUCCUGGGUAGAAAAGAGCCUGGUUUGGUACUAUUUUUCUCCCACUGUGCUCUUUAGGAAGAGAAGACUAUGACUUGACCAUCUCUCCUACAAGCCUGGAAAAUGCUUGCUGGGCCUAAUAAUAUCACUAAUAAAUUUUGGUAACAAAUAGCAGACCAAGAGCAGCUGCAAACAUUUAUGUAUAUAAAGAACCACUGCUGUGAUUGGUGCUUCCAGUGUGUUUGAUCAGCCUUCAUCAAAGGAAUAUCCAAGUCUUUUUGCCCAACUGCAAUAUACAGUAGUUUUAUUGAACUGGCUGAUAAAGCACACGGAUAUUCCCUUGAAAAAUCUCUAUCCUUGGAAUGUGUUUGGAACACUAAUCCUAGCAGUUGUCCCAUCUCAACAUUUAAUAAAUGUUGAUCUAACAAAACUGUUUAAACUACUCUUAGGAAUAUUAAGAAUAUUAACUACUCUUAGGAAUAUCAACUUGGCCAUAAGCCAGUCCCAGUUUUAAUGGCAACUUAGUGUGGCUACAUAGUUUGAGGGUUUGUUUGUUUUUUUAACCAACCAAUUUUUUAAAUGACAUUCCUCAGUAGGAAAGCAUUUUGUGAAGCAGGAUAUUGAAACUGCCUGUUUACCUUGAAGCAAAGGCUUCACUUGAACACAUGUGCCAUACCUCAGUGUUCCUUAAUUUGAAGUUGGCAGCUAAACUGGACCUUUUGCUUUUCCAAAUGGUGUAGCUUCUUGCCUAAGCAGUCAACUGGCUACACCAGAAUUCUUGAGGAGUUGCUGGCCUACAAAUCUGAUGUGGGAUCACAGGCUUAUCGCGUACUUGGGCUAAGUGUGUACACAGCAGCUGCUGUCUUGCUACCAGGCACUUGCCAAGUCAUAUGGUUUAGGGAAUCACCUAUAAUAUAAAGGCUACACCUGCUGUUUUCUCACAAAGAACAGUGGGGACAGAAUGAAAUUAAUUUUCAGGAGCUAAAGAGCAGCAGCCUCAAAGCAAUUCUCAGAGUUUAUUUGCCUGCAAAGUGCUGAUUUGCUUCUGAUUCUACAAUUUCAAUGCAACCUAUUUCUGGACAGUGAGAAACUUCUCAGUUAAUGUAUACAGUUGUAAAAAUAUUAGGAUUCUGUCAUGUUUGCACUAUGUUUUGCAUUUGGUGUACAAUGUUUCUUUUUUGUAAUUAUUUGAUAUUCUACUUCAUAGUUUCCGAAUGUGGUCAGCUUCUAGGCAGGUAAAAUUGAUGAUCACAUCUGGAACACUCUUUUAUUUAUGGUAGGAGAAACGACUCCAUUGUAAGUAGAUUCAUGAGCAGAUACAGUUUCCUUAGCACUUAAUUAGUUUAGGGUAGUGGUGCCAGUGAGGCAGUCAUUGAUUUAGAGCAGUUUCAGCCCUCCAGCUGUUGGGACUACAACUCCCAUCAUCCCUAACUACUGUGCUGGGGGUGAUGGGAGUUAUAGUCCAACAGAAGCUGGAGAGCCACAGUUGAGCAUCUGAUUAAGGGUAAUUGCUCCCAAAGCAGAGAAUCCAAAAUGCUACAUUCAUCAGUUCUAGUCCUGAUGUGUGAGAACAAAAUGAUGUGAAAGAAUGUUUACUUUUGUAUUUCAAAUUAUAUUAAAACUAUAAGUUAAAACACUUUUAAAACUUUACUUCAAACUAAUACCACAGAGCAUGGAUUGAUCCAGGUGUUGACACAAAAGUGGACAAGUUCUAAGUGUGUGACUAUUUCCUACAUCAGCUCACAGCUUGAAUGAUGCUCAGCCAUGGUAUGCUGACUGAGGCACCUCCUUUGACACUGAUCCAGCUGCAGUCAUUCAUGCCUUGGCAACUUCAAGAAUUAAUUAUGGCAAUAGGCUGUAUAUGGGUCUGCUGGUGUGUGUUCAGGCUCAGUUCAAUCUGCUAAAUAUUAAACCGUCUGGGCCCAGUGUAUCUGCAGGAACAUCUUGGAAAUGAAUCUUCUCGGUCCUUGAGAUCAGAAGAAGCUUUGUUGCAGGUUUCUUCACUUUGAAAGAUAAAAUCUAAUUCCCAGAACCAAGUCUCGCUCUGUGGUUGUCUGUUAUGUUAUGGCUUAAUUCUAGGCAUGCCACUUAAACCUAUUUUCUUCUCUCAGCUAUUCUAGUUUACAUUUUCUUCCUGGGGCUACUAAUUACACAUUUUAUUUGCUACCCAGACUUGUAGUAUUUAAUCAUUUUCUACUGUUAAUGCUUCCACAGUGAGCCCUUGAAAAGUGAUAAAUAUGGUCAAACUAGAUUUAUACUGAGCAAGCCAGCUGUAUCAGCAUUAAUCUUCAAGCUGACAAAGUAAUUCAGUAAAAAAUACCAAAAUAUAUAGGUGUUUCAAUCCAUUUUAUUACCUUAUUGGUAAAAUAUAUCUUUAGGGGGGGAAAUCCCUAUAUGCAAAAUAGCUUACUUCUAUGUAGUAGUAAAUUCCUCCCAGGAGGAUACCUGCUGGUUAGUCACCUAGGCUGAUCCUUCUAAGAGCCCAUUACAGAGCCUGGGACUGACUGCAGCAAAGCAGCUGGAUCCAGCCCGAGGCUGACAACCAAUGGCUGGCUUGAGAAGAGUGAACAGCAGCACUGAACAGCUACCUUAAGGAAAGCCACCAGCAAUUCACAGGGAUAGGAAACUAGGUUUGUCGGGAGGUCACAGUGGGAUGGUGGCUUUCUCCCCGAGGGGCUUUGAGGAUUGCUGUAAAGAGCUGGUUGCUUCUACAGAAGAUUGGUUCUAAGAGAAGACGUCCUCUUGCCUUGACUGACAAGGCAAAUCUUUAAUGUGCUGUUGCAGAUAGUCUUCAGCCACUGGUUCCAAGCAGUGGAACUACAUACCCUUUCUGAGUUGAGGGGGCCCUAAUUGCCCAUCUGCCUAUGCUCCCAGCAGGGUGAGGGUUCUGCAGUGCUACAAUGCUUCAAGACUCCUUAUCUUGGCCUGUUGUUGGCUGACUGCUGUGCUGCAUCUCUGUGGAAGAUGUAGCUGCCUCGGGAGCAGGUUCGGAGUCGGGAUCAGGCUCCAAUGGCAGGGAGGGGGGCUUUGUCAGCUGAGUGGAAAUUCCAGUACCUAGGAAAGGGAAAGCAAGUACAAAUCCUGUAGUAAUGCCCGGCUCCAUUUCUCUCACUACAGAGAGACCGUUUCAGCCUCAGCUAGGACAUGGGAUAAUGAAAUGUCGUCUAUUUCCUCCAGUGUUCCUGUACGGCUUCCUUUUCUGCAGUGGAAGGUGCUAAAAUGCACUUUUUGCUAAAGUAUGAUCUAUGGAUGUACUUCACCUAUUUUAAUCAAUGUACAUGUUCAAACUUAGGGGCAUUCUGCCCACUGUAGUUGGGUUCGUGAUUCUGUAUAUUGCGGACUUCCUAACGUUAAGUAGAAUUUGAACCAUUUUAUACUUCAAGGGUAUAAUCAGAACAUGACUCAAAGAAGGAACUCUCUCUUUGGCUUUUAAAAUCUGUUUUCCUUCUUUGGGUCUACAUUUUCUCUUAUCUUUUUGACUCCUUCUUUGAAUAAACUUAUCCUCUCCCUCUUU